CCUCUUCCCUAAUCUGCUUUAUCUCCUUCUCAGUGGCAUCAUGGUGUCCCAUGCCAAGACCAUCAUAUCAGUGGAGGACAGACAAGCAAGAAACUGAGACACUUGCAUCUAAAUAAGAGAUACUGUGACUCACAAAAAACAAUAAAGAACAAAAAAACAACAAAUAUCCAUUGCAUGCAUGAUAUCAAUCAGGUAAUUAAAGUGGACAUGGAUGAAUAGCAAAACCCAACACACUGGACAACCAAUGACAUAUCCCACUUCCUCCAUGAUUGAUUAACAUGAAUAAACAUGACCAAGUGGGUGCAGAUUCAUGUCGAAGCAUGAUUUUUCCCUAAUCAACUUUAUUUUUUCCAUGAUAUCCCCAUGUUGGUAAAAAAAAAUAAAUUAAUAAAUAAGAGCAAACAACAUAAUACUAAAUAAUGAUAAUAAUAAAACAUAAUGAACGAAAUAUUAACCCCAUUUACAUCUGUUGUCCCAAUGGUGAUCAAAUUCGUGGGACAAAAGAACAACAAGAGAAAAUUAUGAGCAUGACUCAUCCCUAGCCUACUGUAUGUCCUCUGAGAUGUCCCUAUUAAUAAUAAUAAUUUAUAAUAAUUGCUUAGUUUUAUAUAACGCUUUUCUAGGCACUCAAAGUCUUUUUACAUUGUAUGGGGGGGAAAAUCUCCUCAACCAUCACCAGUGUGUAGCAUCUACCUGGAUGAUGCGACGGCAGCCAUAGUGCGCCAGAACGCCCAGCACACACCAGCUACUGGUGGAGAGGAGAGGAGAGGAGAGGAGAGAGUGAUGUAGCCGAAUCAGGGAUGGAGCUUAAUAACAAGAAAAAUGGCUGCCUCAUAGCAGUUACUCUUUCCUAACCUCCUUAUUUAUUUCCUCCAUGAUGUCCACAUGGUAACUGAAGCAGACAAAUUUGGAUGAAUGAACCAAUAAACAAAUGGCAACAAAACCAACACUUUGCUUUCUCGAAUUGACUUCUUUCUUGUCAUCCUCACUGUGAUUAAAGUGUACAGGAACAGACAAGCAGGCAACAUAAAAAGAAAAAAAAAUUGCUCUCAAAGCUAACUUGCCCCGUUAGCUGAUUAGAGUGGAUGUGGAUGGACAAACAAGCAAACCACAAAAUAGCAAAACACCCCCAUCCCUGACUCCUCCGUUAUGUCUUAGUGUUGUGAUUAAAUUGUUCGUGGACAAGGGACAACAUGCGGUUGUGGACAACGUCCUGGCGCUGGGUGGCAUUGGUGCUGUUGGCCUGGGCGAUGCUGCUCUUCUUUAUGGGUGGCCACCUGGUGCGUGAGAGCCAACACACACAUGAAACGACACACACACGACGAGAGCUCGCCAACAUCCUCACCAAACUUGAGCGCCUCAAACAGCAGAACCAUGAGCUGCGGCGUAUGGCGCAGGCUCUAAGGAUUCCUGAAGGACAGUCUGUUAAACCUGUCUCUGCGGGUCGGCUGCGUCUUUUAGAGGAGCAGCUAAACAGAGCCAAGCAGGAGAUCCGCAACUAUCAGAGAGUGUUUGGAGAUGGCCCAGGCCGUGUGCAAGAGGACUUCAGGAGGAAGGUGGAGAGAGGUGUGAGGGAGUUUUGGUAUUUUCUGCGCAGCGAGGUGAAGAAGCUGAGCCACGUAGAUCCAGCUGCGCUGCAGAUGCACACAGAUACACUGCUGCAUGAUCUCGGCCACCAACAGAGAUCCAUCCUGACAGAUCUUCACUACUUGAGUCAAGCUGAUGGAGCUGGUGAUUGGAGGGAAAAGGAAGCGAAGGAUCUUUCCAGUCUGGUGCAGAACAGGAUCUCCUACCUGCAGAAUCCUCCAGACUGCAGUAAGGCACGCAAGUUGGUGUGUAACAUUAAUAAGGGCUGUGGUUAUGGCUGCCAGCUGCACCAUGUGGUUUACUGCUUCAUGAUUGCGUAUGGCACUGAGCGCACACUCGUCCUCGAGUCCCACAACUGGCGCUACGCUCCUAAUGGGUGGGAGACGGUGUUCAGACCUCUGAGCAAUACCUGCACCGAGUGCACAGGAGCAUCAACCGGACACUGGACAGGGGAGGAUCAUGAUCGGGACGUGCAGGUGGUGGAGUUGCCCAUCGUGGACAGUCUUCACCCCCGACCCCCCUAUCUGCCUCUGGCCAUCCCUGAGGAUCUGGCCCCCCGACUUCAGAGGCUGCAUGGAGACCCCUCCGUCUGGUGGGUGUCUCAGUUUGUCAAGUACCUGGUGCGUCCUCAAUCGUGGCUGGAGAAAGAGAUGCAGGAGGCUGGCAUCAAACUGGGUUUCAAACACCCCAUCAUUGGUGUGCAUGUGAGGCGCACAGAUAAAGUGGGCACGGAGGCAGCGUUUCACCCCAUAGAGGAGUACAUGCAGCAUGUGGAGGAACAGUUCCAGCUCAUGGCCCAGCGCAUGCAGCUGGACAAAAAGAGAGUGUAUUUGGCAACUGAUGACCCCUCACUGUUACAGGAGGCCAAGAGCAAAUACCCUGAUUAUGAGUUCAUCAGUGAUAAUUCUAUCUCGUGGUCGGCUGGACUGCAUAACCGCUACACAGAGAACUCUCUCAAGGGAGUCAUCUUGGACAUCCACUUCUUGUCCCAGACUGACUUCCUAGUCUGUACAUUCUCCUCACAGGUGUGCCGUGUGGCCUAUGAGAUCAUGCAGACUCUACACCCAGAUGCUUCAUCAUAUUUCUACUCUCUGGACGACAUCUACUAUUUCGGCGGGCAAAAUGCUCACAACCAGAUCGCCAUCUAUGCACAUCAGCCGCGCACUUCUGAGGACGUCGCCCUGGAGCCUGGAGAUGUUAUUGGCGUUGCCGGAAACCACUGGGAUGGUUACUCCAAAGGACUGAAUCGCAGAUUGGGGCGCACUGGCCUCUAUCCAUCUUACAAAGUGAAGGAGAAAAUCGAGACCGUGAAAUACCCCACCUACCCCGAGGCAGACAAACUGCUCAACUCAGAAAAUAGAGGAAAAUAGACUGAAAGAGACAGUAAGAGACUUCUAAAACAGAGAGAGGCAUGAAGAGACUGAAACAGACUGAGACAGAUAGAGACAGAAAGAGACAGGGUGAGAAUAAUCCCAAAGUAUUUUUUCCUGUAUAAAGCUUAAUGAUAAAAGAGCGAUAAUAAGACAUAGUCCACAAAGAGAUACAUGCUGUCAAUGUGUGUGUAUGUGUGUGAGUAAAAUGAGAUGAUGUCAAGAGAGAAAGAGAUAGAGAUAGACAAAGAAAUAAUACAUGGAAAGAAACUGACAGAAAGAGAUUCAUGGAAAGAGACAAAAAAGAGGCAUGUGAAAUGAGACAGGGACAAAAAAGAGACAGAAAACGAAAGUGGCAGAAAAAGAGACAUAGAAAGAGGUGGAAAGGGAUCGAGACAAAGACAGAUAAAAGAGAGAAUGGUGGGAAAACAUGUCAUAAAAGAAACAAAGUGAGAGGUAAAGAAAAAGGCAGAAGGAUGGACAAAGACAACAAUACGCACAGAGACCGAAAGAAAUUGGCAUAAGAGAGAGACAUCAGAGACAAACAUGGAAAUAGAGAAAGAGGUGAAAAGAAACAAGAGGAAAAAAUGAAGAGAGUCAGAAAGAGAGAUUUGGAACAUAUGUGCUGACAUGGAAAGAGAAAAAUGACAGCGAAAAUAAUCAACUUUUGGACUCUGUAUCAGGAGAGACAACUGAAACAUUCAGAAGAAUGGACACACACUGAGGACACUGCUCUAUGUAUGUUUAUGUGUAUUUUUUACUCAGUGAGAAAAGAUGGAGAAGAAAAUCACGAUGUAAAAUUUCCCAAAUAACCUGAGGCAAACAAGCUACAGAUUACAGAAACAACAACCUGUACAGAGUCUGCUGAGACAGGAGGGAUAAUGAGACAUAAUCCACAAAGACAGACCGAGGACACGUGCUUGUGUUUUGACUUAGCGCAGCCUCCUGAGCGGCUCUGAUAUAGAUGGAGGCAGAGCAUCUCUGUGUUUGACUGCAGGCUAUGUGGACUCGGCAACAGCUGAGCACAAUUUACAAACCCACAACUCUGCCUCGCUUUAUAGUUUUAUUGUUAUUUAAUUGUCCCAGGGUGGUUUUAAGUCAUUUAUAAUCUUGUCUUUUAAUCUCUCUUGCCUGUUUGAUCACUGUUCACUAAGAAACUAGGGGAAAUACGGUAAAGUAGGGAGAUAGAAAGACAUAACAAGGAUAACGAUUAGGGUGCUUCUUAUUUCUUUAAUUGCGCUUUAGUUCUUCCCUCUGUGUGGAAACGUGAGGAAAGUUUGCAAGGAAAGAAAACAACAACAGAGGAAUGGAUGCAAAUCAUUGUGCCAUGUUAGGUCAAAUAUACAUCACUAUAAAUCCACAUCAAUUAGUGAAGACUUGUUGUCCAGCAUGUUUUAACCUAUACAAUAUUUUCUCUGUUGUCAUCACUGACUUGGCAUGUAAAUUCAAGCCCAUUUGUUGACUUUGUAGCCAUUGUUUCUUCAUUAAUAGUAUUAAUUUAGUGUUUUUUGUUCUUAUUAUUUGUUUGAACCUACACUGAAAAAAUGUUUAUUGAAUUUAGUUAAUUCGUUAACACAGAUUGUUUGCAUUUAUCCAGCACGAUGUGAGCAUGCAUUUUUAAAACCCUGUAAUAAAGCCAAACUCCAUGGAUUCACCCAAGCUCAGGAUCAAACCAGGGACCCUAGCAUUGUGAGGCAGUAACAUUAUUUGUUGCACUAUUGUGCCACACGUGAGUUAAUUAAGUUAAUUUAACGCUAUAGUCAUUUCUUCCUGUCAGCUCCAACAUCCUCAUGAGACUUUAAAACAUAAUUGGAUCACAUUAAUACUAUGUCAGUUGAUCACACACACUCUACAUAUUUCUAGCUAGUAGAUUAGAUACUGUUUGUAUUUAAAUUCAAUUUAGUAUAAACAAUGAAAU